AUGGAGUGCGCGUGCUUCCCACGCGAGUGCACGUACAGCAACGAGACGAAGGCGUGCUCGAUGCACGCUCCAGGCGAGGAAAGGGCGACGAAAAACCCUUGGGGCGACAAGCUCCCGAUGGCAGGCACGAAGUGUGCGCCUCGCUCCCGAGCAACUUGGCACGGGAAGGCGCCGAGCCAGGACGAGUGCGACCUCCAACAGUGCACCCACGAGGACUACACCCACACCAUCUCUGGGCAGACCAGCCUGUGGGGCACUGUGGGCCUCAAAGGCAAGGGCAUCUACAACUGCCUUACUAUGAGCCAGUCUCCUGCAGGCAUGCUGGCGAUAGCCCCAGCUUUCCCUGACGGCAGGCCCAACACGAUCGCAGAACGCAACAAGAUAUUCGAGGAAGUGAUUGCGCGCGGCGGUCAGGACUCCGAGCCUGUCGCGGUGAUGAACUGGGGCAUAAUCAAUUAUACCGGCUGCGAGGACUGCCACGAGGCGGAGUUCUGCGUGUACGCCGGCAACCCAGGCUGCGGCGGGAUUGGUGCCGCUGACGCGGUGACAUUCGACAACCGUCGCAAUGCAAAAGGGUGUCCAAUCAGACCUGUGUUGACCAUCCCUCUCUCGUACAUUAGGGAUCUCGCCGACUUGCAAGCCAAGGGUGCUAGCCUGGCCAAGGAGAUGCUUCACAUCAUGCUCCAGCAGGGAUUUUCCGAAUAUCGAGGUCGCGGUCACUCAGGCCCAGUGCGACAGUGCAUCCACCUACCCAGCGGCGUGACGGUUCACUGGCUGCACCUCCACUCUUUCUGCGUCGGCCCGUCGUUUGACGGCAUGCCAGGGAACGACUCGCUGUGCUCAGUCAUGGAGAGCGCUGGCGACGCCGACCAGAUAGCAGGCGACUGGUCGACAGCGCCGCUGGUCCACAGAAGAAGCGAUGGACUGUAA